CAUGAAAAUAAUAUUGUUUUAGACAUGCUUUAAUUGUUAAAAUGCAUCUAACUUCUCUUAUGAGAACUGUUUUAUACAGAGCAUCGUUUCGAGUAAAUACGAAAUCCAUAAUGACUACACCACGAAAACUCCAAGAAGUCAUAGAUGAUCUAAAAGGCAACCCAUUCUAUGAUAAAUAUGCUUCUAAAAUUUCAAAGUUGCAAAAGGAGGCUCCUAAUGAAUUUAAAUCUAGGAUCGAGGAAACUGGUAUGACAAAAACAAAAAAAUUCGAUGCUCCUAAGAAAGAUGAACGACAGUAUUCACAAUUGUUGAAUCCUAAAACAAAGAUCAAUGAAGUAACUCAGUUAAAGCAAGAAAGCUUAGAGAAAAUUAUGAAAAUAGAGCUGAUUAAGGACAAGAAUAGUGAAGAGAUCAAAUUAAUUUGGGAACAGUAUCAUAGGCAAAAAGAAUAUUGCAUUGCAGCAACGAUACCUUCAAAAGAUUUUGAUAAAUUAAAUGAGAAUUCUAAAAAACAUCCAACUUUCAUCUUUGCUUUACCUAGAUCCCAAGGUUAUGAAUUUAUAUUAUGUCAGUUUUCACAAAAUUCUGUGCAUUUUACCCCUCUUCUGUACUACCAAGUUCACAAAGAAAAUGCACCUGAAUGCCUCACUAUUACACAUUAUGAUGAGUUUAAAGAUGAUAAACAUAUUGUUUUGAUGAGAGGGGAAUAUGAUAAGAACAUCAUUAAUGCUCAAGAAGCUCAGUGUCUUGCAAAUCAAUUACAACUGUACUAUGUACAAGAAGAUCCAGAGAAAAAGAAACUAUUGGAAAUUUUCACAAAUGAGCCUGAUAACUUUAAACACAUGGAUCUUAUUAAACAUAUAGAAAGUUUGUCAAUUUCUUAGGUAUUACAUUGUAAAAUAUGUUAUAGGUAUACUUGUGUAAUAUAUAUUUCAAAGUGUAAACCAUCUUUAUAUUUAAAAAAGUGGUGAAUUAAACA